AUGUAUAUUAGCUUUGUGCUACACGCUCAUUGGCUCGAUUUGUAUAAGGCUGCGGGGUAUAGCAACCGAAGAACGUUUGACUCGGCACAUGAUAAAGUUUCACCACCACCACCACCAUGUCGCUUGUUUUUCCUAGCUCGGACUAUAGGACUCGGGUUAAUUCAUUAUAAGUUGACAAGUCAGUUCUGGUUCGUUGUUUACGUCUGUCAUGUCGUUCCUAGUUCCGUGGUGUUUUCCUUGUCUGCUGUCUUCCUUACUCUUCUUGGAGCCACCUCUACGUUGGCUACCCCAGCUUCAACAUCUUCUCUUGAUAAAGAAUUUGGUAUCGUGAGUAGUCACUCUGGUAACAUUCAUGUCCACCUACGCACAUUCGAAGUUGGUCAAUCUGGUCAUGUCUACUUGAGUGAAUAUGACAAUUCUGACGGUAAUCCUCAUUUUACUCUCAAAAACGGAGAGCUAUUCCAUGAAAACAAGGUUGCUUCUCUUGACAAGAAUGGCGCCCUUGUUUUCGAAUCCUCUGGCUCUCCUGUGUCAGGUUUCGAAGCUAAGCAGGAGAAUUCCCAAUUCUAUGAACUCAGCUUGAACAGUAGUUUCCCUGUCGCAUGCCCUGUUCCCAAUGCCAACGAUGUUUAUCAAAUUUACUACGGCAAGGGUAAUGGCAAUGCUGACUGCGUUGGUAUUUUCCCUUUGGCUGCCUUUCCAUAA